AUGCCGUUUUUUCAGGCUCUCUUCCGUCCGGCCAGACACAACCGGCCUUCCCAUCCGACCCGUCGCACCUGGCCCCGGCUGCGUCGAUCUCGAAGAUCUGUGGUGCCGAGCCCGUCUGAACCGAUCUUGAGUGCCACUGACGAUCCAGAGUGGGACCUGAUUGACCACAGAGAGGCGAAUAGUUCCACUGCGGGGAACGCAUCGGAGACACUGCCUGACGACGAUACUCCGCCAGUCCAGACUCAGCACGAAAAGCGAAUUUCCACCAGCUCAGGAUCUGCUCGUAAUCGCGGUGCUUCCAGCGAAGCUCCUCGGUCUCCGCAUGGCUCGAAGCGUCUGAGGGACUUUGUAGCUCGCCUGCGCGGAAGCAAGUCCCAGGAUCGGUCUUCUGUGAUGUCUUUGAAGGAUGCUCUUCAACAGACUGAACCUGACGACCCCAAAUAUCCUCAGGUGACCCUUGACCCUGUCAAGAGAGACGUUAACCUUCCGAUUGCAUCCAUUGUUGAUCAAGAGGGUUUGGAGCAGAAUCGCAAUGUCAGUGCCCAGACAGCUUGCUCUCAUGAAUCCAAGGACACGGCUGUGACCGUUUGUCGACACCCAUCCCAACGUAUACCGAUGCCCCUCCAGGAAUUGAAUGAGGGCUGGCUUGCCAGCAUAAUGAACUUUUCUCAUGAGUCGGAUCAUCCUCUCGAGCCAUCGGAUCCUUUCUCUGAUGGCAAGGCCUCGGAGAUACCACGCCCGACUCGCGCAUCCGCCAAGUAUAGCGAGAAGCAGGAGAAUAGACAGUCCGAGGCUUCGCAGGAACAACUGGAACGCAAGAAUCCCGAGAGCACUUUGCAUCCAUACUCCAAGUCGCAUAUCAGCUCACGUCAUGUUUCGACACAUAGCAAUAUUUCCUCUAACAGCCAGUCCAGUCGGAGCAGUCGUCUGAGCCGGCUUGACCCAUCCAAGGCGACCGUGGCAUUCAAUGUGCUGGCCGCGAAGUUGAACCUCCCGCUUUCCAUCCCUGUUUAUGAUGCUACUACCACUGGAUCUGACGAGAAGCCAAAUGUUGGAGAAAAAUCGUCCCGGCGACACCGAUUGCUCUAUCGAGUUCGCCCAGUGCAGUCCAACAUGGCUCUGGAAAUCGAUUCCCAGCCGUCGACUCCUAAGCUGCGACGAACAAAGACCUUUGCCAGUCUCGGGCGCCGGCCGGCUCCCAUGAGUUCCCUUCAAGGCAGAUCGGUCGAGACCCUCUCACGCCUGGGAGGGCAUAGUUUCAUCGUCUUGCCCGCGGACCUGGCACCCUCUCCGCUGCAGCUACCCGCCUGUAUCGUGGCGAGUGUGAUGUACUUGAGAAAACACGGUGCCAGUACCGCCGGCCUUUUCAUCGAGCCGGGCGAAAUCAAGGCUGCCACCAGCCUGUACGACCAGUUUGCCAGUCAGGUCUUGUCGGCAGAGAAAGAUGACCCCAGAAUCGCCCUAACAAUGCGUGUGGUCGCCAUGCCUCACUCGGAGACCAACCCACAGCCGGGGAUCGUGCUCAGCGUGGGCUGGGUACUCAAGGCCUUGCUAGCAGGACUGCCAGGUGGCAUUCUCGGCUCUACUCGUCUUUGGGAGGCUCUGAAAGCCAUUUAUUAUUCCGAAACUCCUGCGCCUUCCCGAGUCCGCCUUAUCACGCUCGCCAUUAUCGCAUUGACCAACGAGAUGCAGUGUGCGCUUAUCUGCGCAAUUUUUGGACUGCUCACGGGCAUGUUGCAGGAGAUGCAGCGCAUCGAACAGCGGGAACUUUCCGGGAAUGCCCUCCGACCGGUGGCAAGCUUGACAGAUGCCGACAGGCUGGCCCGGGUGUUCGGUCCGCUGUUGAUCGGAACAGGCGGUCGAGGUAGUGUCGGGCAGGACAAAGUGGAACGAGAGGUCGAGGAGCAGCGCGUGGCGGGGCUGCUACUUGAACACUGGCACGGCGUAAGCCGCAAGUUGCGCGAAUGGGCGAGCGUGUCGGGGAUUCAGCAUUGA